ACAUUAGGGAAUCUCAACAGCAUGGUACUCUUGGCCCUUCAUAAAAACUUAUUCACGGGUAUCAUUCCAUUUUCUUUUGGUAAGUUACAAAACCUUCAAAUUUUAGCUCUAAAUACCAAUAGAUUAUCAGGUGAGAUCCCAUCUUCCUUAGGAAACCUCACCCAAUUAUUUGUACUCGAUCUGUAUGAAAACGAAUUAGAAGGAAGCAUUCCACCAACUAUUGGAUAUUGCAAGAAUUUACGGAUUCUAAACAUUUCACAAAACAAACUUAGUGGAGAUGUACCACCAGAGAUCAUUGGCCUUUCCUCACUCUUAAAUCUCGACUUGUCACAAAACUCACUAACUGGUAGCCUCCCUGAUGAAGUUAGUAAGUUGAAGAAUAUCUAUCACUUGGACAUCUCCGGAAACAAUUUGGUCAGAGAAAUUCCAGAAACCAUUGGAGACUGUGAGAGCCUUGAAUUUCUUUCGUUACGAUGGAAUCUCAUUCAAGGUACAAUACCUUCUUCUUUGGCUUCUGUGAGAGGUCUUCAAUAUCUAGAUCUUUCACAAAACAACUUGUCAGGAGAGAUUCCAAAAGAACUACAGAGGCUUCCAUUCUUGAUAUAUUUGAACCUUUCGUCCAAUCAUUUGGAGGGUGAGGUACCCAAAGGAGGAGUUUUUCAAAACAUGAGUGCAAUAUCUUUGGAUGGAAAUGCCAAACUUUGUGGUGAUGUUUCAGAACUACACCUACCAGCAUGCCCCAUCAAAGUACCGAAGCAGAGAAAGUUGCAUGGUUUCAAACUGAAGCUCACAAUUUCUGUAGUCGUUGGAUGUUCUGUUUUGUUUGCUGUCAUGUUAGCUCUUUAUUGGAAGAGGAAAAUUCAGAAGAAGAAACCACCAACUGAAGUGGCACCAAUGAACUUCCUUUCAAAGGUUUCAUACCAGACACUUCAUCAGGCCACUGGCGGAUUCUCUCCGAGCAAUCAAAUUGGAUCUGGCGGUUUUGGCUCUGUAUACAAAGGGAUUCUUGAUCAACAAGAAAACUGUGUCGUUGCCAUAAAGGUCCUCAACCUUCAACAGAAAGGAGCUUCCAAGAGUUUUGUGGCCGAAUGCAAUGCACUGAGGAAUAUCCGACACAGGAAUCUUGUGAAGAUCAUAACAUGUUGCUCCAGCACGGAUAACAAUGGUAAUGACUUCAAAGCUCUAAUUUUCGAGUAUAUGUCAAAUGGAAGUUUAGAGGAGUGGCUGCAUAGAGAAAACCAUUCAGGGAAUGGUUUGAACCUUCUCCAAAGACUCAAUAUUGCUGUUGAUGUGGCGUCUGCACUGUGCUAUUUUCAUGAUCAUUGUGAACCACAAAUCAUUCACUGCGAUAUAAAGCCGAGUAACAUUCUUCUUGAUGAUGACAUGGCUGCUCGUGUUGGUGAUUUUGGGUUAGCAAGACUCAUCUCUGUGACCACGGACUCCUCUGAAAUUCAAAAUAGCACAAUUGGGAUAAAGGGAACCAUUGGCUAUGCUGCUCCGGAGUAUGCUAGUGGUGUUGAGCCAUCAAGAGAAGGAGAUGUAUAUAGUUACGGCGUCCUGCUGUUGCAAAUGUUUACAGGAAGAAGACCUAUUGACGAAAUGUUUAACGAUGAUUUGAACCUCCAUAACUUUGUCAAGAUGGCCAUCCCAGGAAGACUAUUGCAGAUUGUGGAUCCUGCUCUUCUUGCCAGUUUAGAAGUGACCGCCCCUGUAACAACACAAAAUGAAGUGAGCUACACCAGUGGUUACAACAAUGAUGAAAUCGAAGCAGAUGAAGAUAACAUUGAGAACGAGAGUUUAAGCAGCAUGAACACUUAUGCACAGAAGUGCAUACUUCCAACCCUUAAGAUCGGACUUGCAUGCUCGGAAGAAUCACCAAGGAAUAGGAUGUCUAUGGAGGAAGUCCACAGAGACCUACACCGUAUUAAAAAUGCUUACAAUGGUAUCAACAACAUCCGUCGAGAGAGGCCAAGAAGAAGCUAACCAGUUAAGAGUAUGUAAUGUAUGGCAUGGGAGAUUUCAAAAUUCUCUUACGGAAGACGUCUAAAGGCAAGAUAAUAGCCUGGAAGUAUGGAAGAAAUAAGUGAUAGCAACUAGCUACUGAAGUACUAAUAUGUCAGUGUGCUUGAAUACACAUUAUGGAAUUGUAAUUUAUGGUAUUCAGAUUCCCUAGUAUCUAGAUUGUAAGGUACAAUAAUUUAAAAACGAGGAGCGAUUGAUGUUCCUGGGAUUAUCUCUCUCU